UGCCACCUGUCAGUGUCCAUCAGUUCCGAACAGUGCCACGUGCCAGUGCCCAUCAGUGCCACAUCAAUGCCACAUAUCAGUGCCUACCAGUGCACAUCAGUGCCACAUAUCAGUUCCCAUCUGAGCUGCCCUUCAGUGUCACCCAUCAGUGCCAGUCAGUGCCACCUAUCAAUGCCAAUCAUCAGUGCUGCCUAUCAGUGCGCAUCAGUGCCGCCUAUCAGUGCCAGUCAGUGCCGCCUAUCAGUGUUAGUGAUUGCCACCUAACAGUGCCAGUCAGUGCCACCUAACAGUGCCAGUCAGUGCCACCUAUCAG